AUAAUAAAUCGAUUUUCCGGUAUUAUAAGUAUGGCCAGUAUGUAUAUAGACAGAGACACAUCGAUGAAUGUAACAGUAGAAAAUAUGCUAACCACACCUAUGUCAAAAACUCACCUGUCUGCAACAUUAACAUUGACUUUUGAUGUAAUUUCGCUGGUACUGAACGUCUUUCCGAUAUUGGUCGUCUAUACACUAAAACGAAAAGAUAAACGUCUUACAACUGAUAUUCUCAUUGCUUCUUUGUCUUUCACCGAUCAAUUAUGUAUACUUCUACCGCUUUUUGUCACAGUGCUAACGCUUUCAGGCGUCCAGAACAACAAUGCGUGUAAAUGUUAUUACUUCUUUGUUUUUUUGUUUCAAAACUCUGCGAUGGUUAUUGUGAUGGUAUUGUCGUGUGAACGCUUUGUCGCCGUCGUUUUUCCAUUUAAAUAUAAACUAUGGAGCUCUCAACGAAGGACUUACUUAACAGUUCUCGGUAUUUAUGUGUUCUCCUUUGUCAUUGCAAUAUCCACAAUAACAGAACUUGGCGACACAUCAACAGUCGAUAAAACUUCUUUAAUGACGUGUAAGUCAUGGCUCCUGUUGGUGCCAAUGUACUCUGGUGGGGCUUUUCCAAGUAUUUUAAUAUUUGAGGGAUGGGUAUCAAUGAUAGUCGUACUGAUUUGCAAUGUAUCGUUAAUUAGAAAUCUUUUGCGUUAUAAGCGAUUGCUCGAAAUUGGAAGCACAAGUGUUGGUUUAAGUCGGCAACAUCUCAGAGACUUCACAAAAAUGGUUAUUCUGGUGACAAUUUUGUUUUAUAUUACAUGGCUGCCUGUUUUGUCAGUAAUGACUUUGAUCCAAUUUGGUGAAAGUGUUGACCCAUUGGUUGCAUCUUUUUGCCUUAUGGCAACUUCUAUUAAUGGCCUUGUGAACCCAUUCGUCUAUUUCACACUCAGCAAACAAUAUCGGCAGGGAUACAUGGCUCUGGUGGCUGGAUUGCUAAACCGACUGAACAUACACAUGCGUUGUUUGGGUUCCGGUUCGUUCGUAGUGACGUCAACUAGUUGCCAAACAACAAAGCUGAAGGAAAACGUGCUCAAGCCUUCAGAAUCCGAAAGAAAGGAAAUUUUUAGUUACAUUACCAAUCUAUGACACAGAAUGAAAAUGAAAUUUAUCGACAACAACUACUACGAUUUUUGUCAAUACAUCAGCAUUGUAUAAGGGCACAACUUAAUAGCAUAAAGGUCAGGGAUUUCUGUGUUACAACAGAAUUAACAGGGUGUGUAUAUAAAAUAACGUAAAACAUUAAAGUCGACAUUAAUAUACGGUUUAUGCAACAAAACUAUCGCACCAGUGUAUGUAUGUCUAUGGUUAAAAUGAUACAUAGGCCUAAUUGAUGGAAAACAAACUUUACAUAAUAAAUUCUUAUAUUUAAUUGCUAUGGUACUGUUAUACAUUGUAAACGAUUGCAUUUCGUAAUUAACGUGAGUUAAUAUUAUUUUUAAAGAUGUUUAUAAUUUAAUUUACUUUUGGUUAUUUCAUAAAAUAGCUAUUGAUAGCAGACCUAGUUAUAAUGUUAAAAACUAAUUGAUUUAAUUUAAAUAAUAUAUUUAGGCACAUGGGCAAACAAUACCAAAUAAACGUCACUGCCCAAGUGGCACAACAGAGCCAUUAUGUUUUAAUAUGGACCAUGAAUAUACUUUGGCCAACGAUUUUAUGUCUUAUCCGAAAGACGAGGUGGUUCAGUUAGGUGGACACAGUGAAGAUUGGCAUUGGUAAGUUUUGAACCAAUAAAUACGUAUUCACUACCUGGCUAGAUCCCGCAUCAUCACGCCACCUCGCUCUGUCAAAUCUGGAGCUGCGAAUACGGUUUUGAACGGUUUAAUAAAGAUAUCAAUUAUAUAGUGCCCAAUAUAUUAUUUUGAAUAGCAGCUGUAUAUAGUGUUCAUGUGUACUCUAAAUCAAGUGUAUGUUUUCCACGCACACCACCCAAUAUAGCCUAUGUCUGGUAUAUAGUGCAAAUACCAUUUUUGAACAUAUUUGCUAGUCACAAAAGUGCUAUCAACUUAUUUUUUUAAUUGUAUUUACUGACUAAUAUUGCUACUCAACUACUUUGACAACACACACAGUAUGAUACAGUGUUAUGAUAUGUUUGAUGCUAAAUUAAUAAAAGAUCGUUUAAAAUGUAUUAAAAACUUUAUUGCAUGCCUCUAAUAACAUUACCUUCUCUCUAUGGAAAUGAUAGCGCU